GACCCAGCGCUAAAAAAGAAAAGCCAGGAAGACAAAAAGCUUUUGCCCUCCAUCCUAUAUAUGUAUGUGAGCAGCUCCGCUGUGCAUCGCCCUGUGGCUCCACUCUUUCAGCCUCCUCUAUCUUCCAUGGAUUCAAUUGAAGUCCCUCAGUAUUACAUCUGCCCCAUCUCUCUCCAGAUCAUGAAGGACCCUGUCACCGCCAUCACCGGCAUCACCUACGACCGCGAGAGCAUCGAGCGGUGGCUCUUCAUCGACAACAACAUGACGUGCCCCGUCACAAAGCAGCCCCUCCCAAAGGAUUCCGACCUCACCCCCAACCACUCCCUUCGUCGCCUCAUCCAAGCCUGGUGCACUGCCAACGCCUCCAAUGGCAUCGACCGCAUUCCCACCCCGCGAGCACCCAUCGACAAGCCCGGCGUCCUUCAGCUCCUUGACAACCUCUUGGUACCCCACCUCCAGCUCAACUCCCUUAAAUUGAUCGCCGCUCUUGCCUCAGAGAGUGAAUGCAACCGCCGCUGCAUGGUGCAAUCAGGCGCUACUAGCUCCUUGAUCCAAUCGAUCAUUUCAUGCUCUAACAACAACCAAAUCAACCUUAUUGAGGUGGCUUUAAGUGCUAUUCACUCCCUUCGAGUCCCUCCCGAGGACUUGAAACCCACUGUCACCGAUAAUCAUGACCUUAUCGAGUCACUAACAUGGGUCUUGUUGCAUGACUCUGGUGACCAUUGCCACAUUAGAUCGGCCACACUUGUAUUCUUGAAAUCUGUAAUCGAAGUAACGAGCUCUAGUCUAAGAGAGAGACUAAAGCUCGAUUUUUUCCGAGCUUUGACACUCGCCAUUCGUGAUCGGAUAUCUCAGCAAGCAACUAAAGCAGCGUUGCAGGUUUUAUGGCAUGCUUGUUCGUGGGGAAGGAACCGGACAAAGAUCAUUGAAGCCGGUGCGUUGUCGGAGAUCAUUGAACUGGAGCUAGCUUUCUCUGAUAAGAGAACCACCGAGCUGAACUUGGCAAUAUUGGAUCAGCUGUGUGCGUGCGCCGGUGGGAGAGCUGAGCUCGUGGGGCAUGCGGCAGGGAUAGCAGUGAUCUCGAAGAGGAUACUUCGGGUUUCGCCGGUGGCCGAUGAUCGGGCUGUCAGGAUCCUAUCAUCAGUAUGCAGGUACUCCGCAACGAAGGAGGUGCUCCAGGAGAUGCUGAGGGUGGGGGCCGUGUCUAAGCUCUGCUUUGUUCUUCAGGCAGAUUGUUCAAGCUCGGUGAAGGGGAAAGCUAGAUGGGUGCUUAGGUCGCAUUCUGGGGUGUGGAAGGACUCUCCUUGCAUCAAUUUCCAAUUGUUAUCAUGGUAUCCUUGACAUGAUUCAAAUUAUUGCGGCUCCUAAUUUGGUUGGAAUACUAUUACUUUAUAGAAAGAAGGGCAGUUAUACACGUGAGGUCAUUUGUAAUCUAAGACAUAUGUGCAAUGAUAUUGGAUUCUCAUGUACCUAAAAAAAA